UAUAGGCCCCGAGGGACCCAGCAGCCCCCGCCAGGCUGCCCCACGUCCCACCGGAGACCCGCACCGAGCCCUCGCCACCGCCAGCGCUGCCAACAUGGCCCCCAAGAAGGCAAAGAAGAGGACGGCCGAUGGCGGUUCCAACGUCUUCUCCAUGUUCGACCAGACCCAGAUCCAGGAGUUCAAAGAGGCCUUUACAGUCAUCGACCAGAACCGGGAUGGCAUCAUCGACAAGGAUGACCUUAGGGACACCUUUGGUGCCAUGGGGCGCCUCAAUGUGAAGAACGAGGAGCUGGACGCCAUGAUCAAGGAGGCCAGCGGCCCCAUCAACUUCACCGUGUUCCUCACCAUGUUCGGGGAGAAGCUCAAAGGGGCAGACCCCGAGGACGUCAUCAUGGGGGCCUUCAAGGUACUGGACUCAGAUGGGAAAGGCAGCAUCAAGAAGAAGUUCCUGGAGGAGCUGCUGACCACCCAGUGUGACCGGUUCACCCCUGAGGAGAUCAAGAACAUGUGGGCCGCCUUCCCCCCAGACGUGGCCGGGAACGUCGACUACAAGAACAUCUGCCACAUCAUCACCCACGGCGAGGACAAGGAAGGGGAGUAGAGGACCCCCCGGCUGCCCCCCGGACAUCUUGGGGUCCCCCCCGGCACCCUCUGGACCCUGCCCCCACCCCCGAGUCCGCCGGCCCCAUAAACCUCUGGUUUUUUUUCA